AAGUGUGGGGUCAGGCGUAGUUAGCUUACAGUAAACAGUAAACAAAGUUUGACACACCAAAUGUUGAGUGACACAUGGUGUCACAGGAAGAGUGAAAGUUGGCGGCAUCUGUGAGAGUGGUCUACCCUUCCAGCACUCUCGCUCAAAGACACCGCAGCACGCGCUCCACGUCGCAACCGCCGCACCACUCGACAUCCGGGAACUUGGCACUGUCCUUGUCGGAGGCGAUGCGCGUAGCGGUGGUUGCUGCUGCUGCUGCUGUGUCUCCGAGUUGCUGCUGUCGUCUUCCCGCGUACGGCCGUGUGCAAUCACACCAUUGAUUCGCGUCGCAAGGAGCGAAACACUAGGAUCUGUCAACACCGCGCCACUUCUCCAAGGUGGGCGGCGCCAUGGAGAGCGACGAGGAUGAGAGCGGGCUGGUGAACACCUACUGCUACGAGGACCUCACCUUCCUGGAGGCGUGUCUGGAGGCCGACCUGGAUGCCAUCGCCGCCAUCUUGGAGGAAAACCCCACGGAGGAGGAGAUGAACGAGAGAGACCGCUCGGGACGGACUGGCCUCAGUCACUUGUGCUCGUCUGGUCUCGCACCUGCCGUGGAUCUUCUCAGUGAUGUUCAGGAGGUAGAUGUCAACCUGCCUGACAAAGAAGGAAACACACCUUUAAUCUUCGCCGCCCAAGCGGGCCACUCUGACGUGGUGAGGGUGCUGCUACAGGACUUCAAGGGAAUCCGCAUUGACCAGCCCAACAAGCUGGGCUUCACCGCCCUCAUGAAGGCCGCCAUCCAGGGCCGCACGGACUGCGCUCGCCUGCUGCUGUACGCAGGUGCCGACCCCAAGCUGCGGGACCACGGGCGCAAGCUGUGUGCCCAGGAGUGGGCGAGGUACUGUGGGCGCAAGGACUGUGCGGACGCCAUCGCCAAGUUCUCCAACACCAAGCGCUUCUGUCUCAAGUCUCGCUUCACCGCGGGCCUGGAGCGCUCCAGCAGCCUGCCAGACCUCUUCGCCGGCCAGCAGAUGGCCAAGCCGCCACACAAGCGCUCACACUCGCUGCGAAAGAAAAUUCGCAAAAUGUUGCCAGGCAACCACGACAGCAACACGCUGAACGUCGCCAGUGCCGGAAGUCCUUUCGCGGUUAUUGCCCGCUGCGUCUCGACUCCAGCGCUUCCUGGCGGACUGAAAUCGCCUCCAGCCAUGAAGAGGCCCGUGAGUGCAGACAGCAUACCGCGAGUGGAGGUGACGGUGCCUUAUGACGAGGCCACCCACAUCCGGCAGGACUACCCGGCUUGUUCUCGGAGGAGGAUACGAAAAUGUCCGCCUGUAGCAGACGACACCAACUUUGACUGCGUGACCACUGGUCAGUGACGCCCCCCCCCCUCAAGAUGCACGGUGUCUGUAAGUGUAACUAUGCCAACGGUGUUUCUGGCUGUGUCUAUGCGCCCGGUGACGUGUCAAGGUGAUGAAGAUUUGUGUCGUGUCACUAAUGACAGCUGAUGUCAGCUGAUGACACAACAAACGACUCCGCAAUGUGACGUGCACAGCUGCUCACAGCUCACAGCUCACAAAGUGAAGUUUGUCACAUGACACAGUGACGUGUGCGAGAACACGAUGGGAAGUGACCUACGACGUCACCGUGCAAAGGCAGUGUUACGUCACAAGAUGGAGAUAGCAGAUUGAGUGAUGGACAGUUUUAAAUUCACAUUUUCAGAGUUAGUGUGAACCCUGUACAUACACGCACCUCUUGAAACUCGCGAGCACAGGUGAAAUGGAGGACAGUCCUCAGACAAAGUAAGCAAAGCUUCUGACCUGUCCGCGAGCUCACCCUCCACGGUCACGUGUCUUCUCUUUAUUUCCGUUCAGUACACUGUCACGUGCUCGUCACACUGUAAACACUUCAAGGUUUGUACAGAAAUCUCACCUGAGCGCCUCUGUCCUCAGACCUUCUGCAGGCUGUUUGUGGGCGGCGGUCUUUGUUGACUGGUUGACAACAGUCGCUCUUCUCUGGCUUUUCACUUCCAGGUGAUGACACCUCACGUUCGUUCUCCAACUGCAUGGACACGAUGAUCACUAGGCAUCUGCAACAGAGAUCACUAAGUAGUCAAGUAAUCAAUGUUUCUUAAGGUGUUUAUCACACUCGUCAGUGAGAAGUACUUCCCCUCCUUAUACUCCAAUCUUCGUGGUGGUGUGGCGUGGUGUGGCGUGGUGUGGCGUGGUGUCAAAUGUCAUGUUCCUGUCGUGCCCUGGAACAUUUCACAAAUCUCCUGCGUCCCCUGAUUAUUAUUAUUAUUAUUUAUUUAUUUCUCCUUUUAAAAAACACGAAGAGAUGAAAGUUGGGUUAGUAGAACUUGACUUGUUUUGUCUGAGCGGUCAUGUUGACACACUGCUGCUCAAACUGCCAGCAGGAAAGACAACGGUCACAUCGUCCUGUCACCACCUUAUCCCAGUCCAGGUGCAAAGUGGCACAGGUAGCUAGGUAGCUGUGUGACAGUAAACGUUGCUGGUUACACAACACAUGUGGCAUCAGUAGGUCACAUGCCACUGAGAAAUUCAGUGUCAGGUAGCAGUCUAACACGUCACUCAGUGUCACAUAAUAUUCAGUGUCAGGUAACAGUCUAACACGUCACUCAGUGUCACGUAACAUUCAGUGUCAGGUAACAGUCUAACACGUCACUCAGUGUCACGUAACAUUCAGUGUCAGGUAACAGUCUAACACGUCACUCAGUGUCACAUAAUAUUCAGUGUCAGGUAACAGUCUAACACGUCACUCAGUGUCACGUAACAUUCAGUGUCAC